UCCUCCUCCCAACAGGAAAAAAUAGCCGAAUAAACCCCAGCUGGAGAAAGAAGUGAUCCUGAGCUAGAGAGGGGGCUGGAGACCCCGGGGGAGGGCAACAAGGCCGGCCGAUGUGUCAGCGAUGAAAAUGGCGGCUCCAGGUCCAGGUUAUCCCUCACCCAUGGCUGGAUACCCUGCCCCUCCCUAUUCUUCCCCCCCAUAUUCUGGUCCGUCAGCCCCCCCUGCACCUCCGUCCCCUGGUUUUCAUGACUACCCUGGAAGCAGCAUCCCCCCACACCAUCCGAUGCACCCCCCGACACAUCCACAGCCGGAGCCUCUUCCAGGGGGCACUCCUUACAUGCCUGUGAGCGGCGGAGCUGCCCCCAGCGGGCUGGCAUAUCUGGACCAGAUCGACCAAAUUUUAAUCCAUCAGAAGAAGGAGCUCCUGGAAGCCGUCACAGGUUUCGAGACGUGCAAUCAGUACGAGUUACGGAACAGCAUGGGGCAGAGAAUCUUCACUGCGCAGGAGCGGAGUAGUGUCUGCGCGCGCUGGUUCUGUGGCUCCAGCCGCCCGCUCACCCUCCAGGUCUGUGACCCCUCGGGGCGAGAGAUUAUCCACUUUAGACGUCCGCUGAAAUGCACCAGCUGCUGCUUCCCCUGCUGCCUGCAAGAGAUGGAGGUGCAGAGUCCUCCGGGAAACACCAUCGGUUACGUUACCCAGACCUGGCACCCGUUUGUCCCAAAAUACUCCCUCCUGACCGAGACCCGGGAGCCGGUACUGAAGGUGGUCGGGCCGUGUUUAAUGUCCAGCUGCUGUGGGGACAUCAACUUUCAGGUGAAGCCCCUGUGCGAGUCGCGCAGCGUGGGUCUUAUCAGUAAGCAGUGGGGCGGAUUACCGAAGGAAAUCUUCACCGACGCCGAUAACUUUGGGAUCCAGUUUCCGAAGGAUCUGGGUGUGAAGAUGAAAGCCGUGUUACUGGGCGCCUGCUUCCUCCUGGAUUACGUGUUUUUCGAGAGAUCUCGCUCCAAGACAGAGCGGCAGACGGUGAUCAGCUAACGGUGCCGGCGCCCAGACAAUGACCCCCCA